AUGGCCGGCGGUAGCACCUUCGCCUGGGCCCAUGCCCUUCGCCUCGACUCGAACAAAUCGCCCUUCGACAGCCCAAUGGCAGUCACACACAAAGCCUUCCACGGCGUCCAGCCUGUCUCCUACAAGCGCUACAACAUCGGCGGGAUCCUCACGACUCUCUACGGCCUCGAAGAACUCCCACACCAUCCGAGCGAAAUUGUGUGUUUCUGGCUACUCCACGGAAGAGGAGACACGCAAGACAGCAUGGCUUACACGGCGGCGAGUCUGCUGAACAAACACAACGCCGAGAGGAGGAAGAGGAAGGCCGGAGAAGGGGGAAAGGGGUUGAUCUUUGCGUGUUUUGAUCAGAGGAAUCAUGGGAGUCGGAUGGUGGAUAAUUUGAGUAAUGUUUCCUGGAAGCAAGGGAAUGCUACCCAUGGGCCGGAUAUGUUUAGUUUGUAUGUGGGCACGGCGAAUGAUUUGAGUCUGCUUAUUACGAGCUUGGAGCAUUUGAUUCCGUUUAAGAUUAAGGAGCAUGUUUGUGGGGGGUUGAGUCUGGGUGGACACGCUACUUGGGUGGUGUUGAUGAGGGAGCCGAGGGUUAGGGCGGGGAUGGUGGUGGUCGGUUGUCCGGAUUAUGUUAGAUUGAUGACCGAUCGGGCGAUACGGAGUAAGGUGCCUUCGACGAUGAGUACGGAUCCACCGGGGCUGGAGUUUUUGGGGAGUAGUGAUUUCCCGCAGAGUCUGCUUGCGGCGGUGGAGGAGUAUGAUCCGGCGGGAAUUCUGCUGAGUGAGCUGGAUGUGUACGGGAAGGAUGAUCAUUUACAUGCUCCGUCGGAGAAUGAGGUCAAGAGGUUGAGGCCGAUUUUGGAGAGGACGCUGCAGGGGAAGAAGAUUCUCUGCUUGAGUGGUGGGAAGGAUCGAUUGGUGCCGCAUCAGCAGGGAGAGGUGUUUAUGUCGUGGAUGAAGCGGGCUAUUGAUGCUAAGACUGGCUGGGCCAAGGAUAUGGGUAUUGAGCUGGAAGAUGUUGUGGAUGAGAAGGCUGGACAUGAAUUCUCGAAGGGAAUGAUUGAACAUGCACAGCGAUGGAUUUGCGAUUACUUGUUGAAUGAGGAACGAACCGAGGCGGGACGAAGCAAGCUCUGA